AUGAAAGCCUCUGAGAACGAUAUCACAAAAGAAUCCAGGGAUUUUGAGGCCCGAGAGGUAGGAACAUGGAGAGAACUUGGAGUUGAAAGACCCCGGGAGCUUUUGCUACAACCCAGUGGAGAUGUGAACGCCUCGGUCGCUUGCCAUCUGCACAAUCCCACGUUCUACGUCAAAGAUCCCUAUUUCCGAGAAACGGAGAAUAAAACUAGUCCCACCAUACAGCAGCUCAACCAGGCUAGGUCAUCAAGCGAGAAUACUUUCAUCUUUGAUCAUAUUUGCCGACGUGAACGAACCGAUGAUGUUCUUCUGUUCUACAAUCAAGACAUAUACCGAGUCCACGAGGAGUUUAUGCUAUCUUUAAGGGAAAAGAUGACGGCGAAAGUUGAGCUUUGCUGGGGUAAACAUGUGCGCGAGCGAUUGAAGGCACUGGUUAACCUUGUCCCGAUCAAACUAUGGGGCAGUUUCAGGGAUGUGGAAAUUUUUCUGGAACUUGAGGAACAACAAGUGAUUCGAUUCAUCUUGUUUGUUGCGUACCCCCAGUUCUUUUUCUACCAUGGCAGCUAUACGGACAAUGGCAUCCAUUUCAUAAAAACCAAGGAGAGAAAACAAGAUCUUUACUUAACAGUUGCCUCAAAGCUGGGUGGUACCAAAUUCAAUCAUGGGUUCUAUGAGAGCACACACCGACCGGCACUCUACGGUCAGUUUGGAAGGGAGAUCAGGGAACUGGUAGACCGCUUGGAGGCAGAAGCAGAUGCCCAAUUGAGAACGGCUUUCCCACAGAGGUACCAGGAAAUUCUAUUGGUCUCCGAAACUUCCGAUAGUUUGUUGCAGGAACCUUUAGUGACUACUCAGUUACUGCAGUCAGAACUGAUAAGAGGUGAUUCUAGACAAGAGACAUCACGUCGCACCCAGCAGCUAAUUCAUAUGACCCACACUUUACUUGAGGCCGCCGGAAAAGUGAUGGUGAACAGCACCUCUUUGCACAACCUAGCUGAAAUACUGAUGUUGUCUAAAAUUACGUCUGAUUGGGACGACAUCUCGGAGUGGGACGAGGUUCCAGGCCCACUUCUUGACUGGAUUCAGCAACAGGAUGGACUCAAGAUUGAUCGAAGCCAAUAUCAUCUACGGAUGAGUUGA